UAUUCUAUUUUGUGAUUCUUGAUGCUGGUGGAGCAAAGAAGACACAACACAAGCCUGCAGUUUUUCGAUGGUAUAGCCACAGUAACACUAGCUAUGAACCUGCAGUUUAAAGACACCGACGUGGGUGACACAGUCGAGAAGCUUCAGCAAAAAUAUUUAGAGAGGAGGGAACAGAUGCCACCACCAGAAGACAUUACAUCAGGAACCGGUGAGGAGGCUGUACAAAGGCUUACCUUGGCCAACAGAUCCAAACGGCCAAGCAAAGAGUUAAAAUGCUACAGCAAAGCUUUACAUGAGCUGUUCAAAGCAGUUACCAACCAUCCUGACCAGUUUGUUAGUGAUCAUGGUCUGGAUGGCAGUAAUGAGGACCUGAGUGGGGACUCUACAGCUGCUCCACUUCAGGACUCCCAGGUGCUAUUUACAGAAACAGAUGUGACCUUGCCUUCCUGUUUGGAUGGUAGCCCUGGGUCCCAAGAAACUGAGACUGAUGGGGACUUGCAGAGAGCGUGCCAUCUCCCUGACUCGUGCCGUUCCUCUUCCUUAGUACUAGCAAAGGUUUACCAGGAGAUGCUGACCAUCUACGAACAACUAAAGGCAGAGCGACAAGGCCAGCAGCAAUGGGAGAGGGAGCUGCAGGAGCGAGAGAGGAAGCUGAAGCAAAAAGAGGAGGCUGUUGGGAGGCUGGCUGGGCUAGAGGAGAUGCUACACACUUGCAUACCAGCUGUAGAAGAGAAACACCAGCAAGAGGUGAGCCAGCUGCAGGAUCUUCUCCGAGAGAGAAACAAGGAGAACAGGAGGCUCAAGUCCAGCUUUGACACCAUCAAGGAGCUGAAUGACAACAUGAAGAAACAGUUGAAUCAGACCAAUGAACAGAAUAAAAAGUUGGCAAGCCAAUCCAAGAGGGUGCAUGCUCGACUUGAAAACCUACAGAGGAAAUAUGAGCACAGCAUCACAUUGAGAGGCUGUCAAAACGUGAGUGUUCCGACCAUGGAGUGUAUUAAACCAUCUAAAAAGGAGAAAAUGGCUGCUUCUGGAAAACCCAGCAAAGAGGGCAGCUCAAGUCCCACACCACUAAAACUUCUGGUCCUCCUACUGGACUGGGUACUUGAUGGACCGACAUUUUCAUCAGUAGCUCCAAACAAAGGGAAAGGUGUUGGCCAGUUUCUUCCUCCAGAGAUCGUACUCAACGAGAGAUGCCUUAAGGUGCUGCCAUUAUUAGCAGAUCAGCUUCAUCAGACUCCUUUGUCAGAACCUGACCUCCUCCUCAAUCUUCUUCGCUUCAUCCACUGGGCUUUGAAACACAUGGACAGCAGUACACAGCACGUAGCACUAUCUGCCACUCUGCGGCGGAUAGGAGAGGAAGUAUCAAAGCCCCCAGCCCAGUUAACAGUGUCUCACUCUGAAGAUCCAGACCUGCCCAAAUCCUGCAGUGGCGCUGCUGGUGGAUCCUGCAGGAGCUGGCCCCUUUACCGCAGCCGCUGUCCUCACAUACGCAUCCUCUCCACCCUCAUCAUCCUCCGCACUGUCACACAAGCUGAUGUGCUGGCCCAGGCUCUGGACAGUCUCCGUACCGAGCUGAUGUCUGAGGAGAGCCGAGGCCUAUUCAUCCACUAUGGAGGAGUGUGUGUGCUGCUGUUGAUGCUCCGGGCUGGCCGUGGCGGUCUGCACACACCUGUAGACAUCUUCAUGCAGCUAACUGAACAGUCCCGCUACUUAAAUCCCUUCCUGGAGUCGUGUAGCUGUGAGGAGUUUUUCCGAGUGGCCUCCCAGCUUCUUAAAAACCCUCGUCUAGAGCUCCCGACACUGGAGAAGCUCUCCAUCCUCCUACAGAAGCUCUCCAGCAUCAGGAAGAACCGCCAUCUGUUUGAACUGUCUUCCCUCCACCUCCAAAUUCAAGAACUUAUUCAGAGAUCCAACCACACACACACCUUCCCCUGCCUCAACUUCAGGUCCAUCCUCCACAACCUCAAAUAAAACUUGUGUGUUUUUCUUCCUCAUGCUCAAUUAAAGGCUUCAUUAAUUAUUCAGACUUUCCAGUUAGGAUUAAAGAUGACUUUCCUUGUGUUUCAGUACUUCAGCACGUCACUUGGUCUUUCAUGUGUGCUCAAACUGUAAUAACCAUAUUUCCAACUGUACUGUACUUCAGGCUGCAUCUUUCUCUACCUAAAAUACCAUAUGCAGACGCACAUUCUUUAUUUAUAUAGUGAUAUGUUUUUGAAGUUCUUUUGUCUGUCAGAAGUACUCUUUUUAGUGUUUAGUGUUUUAGUGUUGCAUUUUGAGACCUGCCUUUUUUUAUGUUCCACAAUGCUAAUCUGAUGUCUUGUCUUCUGUUCUUUCUGUGAUGAAAACGAGGGUGAUGCUUGCCAGUGGCCAUAAUGGGUGUCUGAUGUGCUCAGAGGAGGAGAGGCUGUGUGUGUAAAGCUUUUUUUAAUGACAAUAAACAAAAACAACUGAAGGACAUUAAGAUUGGGCUACAUAUGAAAUGCGGAAAUCCAUAUGUUUUGUAUAAACUUGUCUUAUUUGUUUGUUCCAGAGCAUGGGUGGGUUGAUGGGAGUAAUGGUCUCAGUAUGGGGCACAUUGAUGGUGUCGGUUGAUGGAGGAGAUUGGAAGGACUGGAACAAUUACAGCUGAUAUUUGACUUUCAGAAGUGCUUGGCUGGUCUGAAUUUGAAAGGGGUGCAUUCAAUAUUUUAAAGCCUGUACAGCUGCUGAAUU